AUGUUGUCGCGUCUUGUCCAUCAGUCGUCGUCGACGCUUCGCACGCACGUUACAUUCCGUCUGUUCUCGCAGUCAUCACCAGCUAUGCAGAGUACUCUUCGCGUUGAAAAACAAGGAGAAGUGGCCGUUGUGAAGAUUGAUUUGCCGAACACGAAAGAGAAUGUGCUCAACAAAGCUCUAUCUGCCGAUAUGAAGGCAACUUUUGACAAACUUCAAGCCGAUGAAAGCGUCAAAUCGAUUGUUGUCAUGUCUGGAAAGCCAAACAGUUUUGUUGCUGGAGCUGAUAUUCAGAUGCUGAAGGCUGAGAAGAGUGCUGCUGGAAUCGAAGCUCUCUCCCGCGAUGGUCAAGAACAGUUCUUCAGGAUCGAGAAGAGCCAGAAGCCAGUAGUCGCAGCUAUCAUGGGAAGUUGUAUGGGUGGAGGACUCGAGUUGGCUCUCGCUUGCCACUACCGUAUUGCUGUUAACGAUAAGAAGACACAAUUGGCAGUUCCAGAAGUGAUGCUUGGUCUGUUGCCAGGAGCCGGAGGAACUCAGAGACUUCCAAAACUUACUACUGUUCAAAACGUGCUCGACCUGACUUUAACUGGAAAGAAAAUCAAAGCUGAUAAGGCUAAGAAAAUCGGAAUCGUCGAUCAUGUAAUCCAACCACUUGGAGAUGGACUUGGACCUGCUGCUGAAAACACGCACAAGUAUUUGGAAGAAGUGGCUGUAAAAACGGCGAAAGACCUUGCCGAGGGAAAGCUAAAGGUUAACAGAGACAAAGGAUUCAUCCAUAAGGCCACCCAAGCUGUAAUGACCAACUCAUUGUUCCUCGAUAAUGUUGUUCUCAAAAUGGCUAAGGAUAAACUGAUGAAAUUGACCGCUGGAAACUAUCCAGCCCCACUCAAGAUUCUCGAUGUCGUUCGCACUGCCUAUGUAGAUCCAAGAAAGGGAUAUGAAGCUGAAGCAAAGGCUUUCGGAGAACUUUCUCAAACCUUCCAAUCCAAAGCGUUGAUCGGACUUUUCGACGGAUCAACAGAUGCCAAAAAGAACAAGUAUGGCCAAGGUCUGCCAGUGAAUGAGGUCGCUGUUGUUGGAGCCGGACUUAUGGGUGCUGGUAUCGCUAACGUCACUAUUGACAAAGGUGUCCGUACCGUGCUUCUUGAUGCUAAUCCAGCAGGAGUUGAACGAGGACAAAAUCAAAUUGCUACACAUUUGAAUGGACAAGUCAAAAGAAGAAAGAUCAACAAGUUGGAGAAAGAACGCAUCUACAAUCACCUUGUCCCGACUGUCGAUUAUGCUGCAAUGAAGAACGCUGAUCUUGUCAUCGAAGCCGUAUUCGAGGAUCUUCAACUCAAGCACAAGGUUAUCAAGCAGAUCGAGAGCGUGGUUGGACCAAACACAAUCAUCGCUUCAAAUACUUCUGCUCUCCCAAUUAAGGAUAUUGCUGCUGCUUCAUCGAGACCAGAUAAGGUAAUUGGAAUGCAUUAUUUCUCACCAGUGGAAAAGAUGCAAUUGUUGGAAAUCAUUACCCACGAAGGAACUUCGAAGGAAACCCUUGCAACAGCUGCUCAACUUGGUCUUAAGCAAGGAAAACUUGUCGUUGUCGUCAAGGAUUGCCCCGGAUUCUUCGUUGUUCGUUGUCUCGGACCAAUGAUGUCUGAAGUUGUUCGACUCCUACAAGAAGGUGUCGAUCCAGCUGAACUCGACAAACUUACCACUAAAUUCGGAUUCCCAGUUGGAGCAGCCACCUUGGCCGAUGAGGUCGGACUUGAUGUUGCUGAGCACGUCGCUCAAUUCCUCGGAAAGGCUCUGGGCCCACGUGUUCGUGGAGGAUCUGCUGAUUUGUUGUCUGAGCUGGUGAAUGCUGGUCAUAAGGGACGCAAAACCGGAAAGGGAAUCUUCGUUUAUGGCGAUGGAAAGAAGGGAAGCAAGAAGGUGAACGAGGAAGCUACGAAGUUGCUUCAGAAGUACAAGUUGACGCCGAAUGCCACAGUGUCAUCACCAGAAGAUCGCCAACUUCGUCUUGUCUCCCGAUUCGUCAACGAAGCCCUCUUGUGUCUUGAAGAAGGAGUACUCGCUUCGCCAUCUGAUGGAGACAUUGCUUCAGUAUUCGGUAUUGGAUUCCCACCAUUCUGGGGAGGUCCAUUCCGCUUCGUCGAUCUCUACGGAGCUGAUAAGUUGGUUGCUUCUAUGGAAAAGUUCGCUGGAGCUUAUGAGUCUGCUCAGUUCACCCCAUGCCAACUUCUCAAGGAUCAUGCCAAAAGUGGAAAGAAAUUCUACAAUUAA